CCCCGCCCCUCACUGACCCUCCGCUCGGACACACUCAAACAAGCAACAAGCUGAGAGCUCACACAUACAAACUCAUAGUGUGGGAUUAACAAGAAGAACACUUGAGUCAUCGAGGAUUUUCUGUUUCUUGGGAAUUAGGAUGGGGAGCUUGUAUAAAGAAGAGCAGAAUGACUGGUUGACAGUCUGUCUCAAGUACCUUCUUUUCGUCUUCAACUUCCUGUUCUGGAUGGGUGGAGGGGUUGUGAUGGGAGUAGGGAUCUGGACUCUGAUUGAUAAAGGAGAUUACUUGAGCCUGCUUGCCUCCAGCACAUUUGCCGUUUCUGCCUAUAUCCUCCUGCUGGCUGGUGGCCUGGUCAUGGUCACUGGCUUCCUUGGCUGUUGUGCCGUCAUACGUGAGCAGAGGGGACUCCUUUCCAUGUACUUCUCCUGUUUGCUGGUGAUAUUCCUGAUUGAGCUCAUUGCUGGAGUUCUAGCAUAUGUGUAUUAUCAGAGGCUAAGUGAGGAGCUGAAGCAGCACUUGAGUAAGACAAUGACGGAGAACUAUGCUCAGCCAGGGAAGGAGGGCAUCACUAAGGCAGUGGACCAACUGCAGCAGGACUUUAAGUGCUGUGGAAGCAAUAACUCCUAUGACUGGCAGCACAGUGUGUACAUCCUGUCCUCAGAAUCUGAAAAACGGCUGGUUCCUGAUAGCUGCUGCAAGACCAUAACCCUUCGCUGUGGCAGGAGAGACCACCCUUCCAACAUCUACAAAGUAGAGGGAGGCUGUAUUACUAAGCUGGAACAGUUCCUGGCUGACCACCUGCUCAUCAUUGGUGCUGUGGGGAUUGGUGUGGCCUGUCUACAGUUAGCAGGAGCACUGUUGACUGCCUGCUUUAUAUAUCUACUUUAUAAAGAAGAGGAAGAAGACUUCUCUGAUGUUUAAAUGAAAAGUGCCACUAUUUGGCUCCUCAACAGUCAAGUGGGCAUAAGAUCUGUGGGAUGGUGUUUACUUGUUGCUUGCACAGACGGAUAAGGCUUGACCUUUACUGACCCGAUCAGCAGGAGCUUUAUGGGUCACCUCAACUGCUUGCUGCCAGUCCACACACUUGUUUUUUCAUUCCUUUUUUUCUUUUCCUCUCCUAAACUGCAUGAGUAUGUUCUCUCUCUAGUAUGGUCAUAUAUGAAUAUGCCUUAUUCCUUCUCAGAAAUCUCCUAUUUAUAUAUUCUUUCAGUCAUAUAUGUAUUUAUUUCCGAGGAUCUUGCCUCUUCACUGUAAGUCUCAGCAAGAAUCGGUGUAGGUACAUGCAGGUAUCCUUUUUACAUGCAAAAAAAUGACUUUUUAUAUCUUACAGAAAGAAAAUCUUUGUCCCUUCAAAAAAGCAAAAAAAUUGAUUUUCUCGUGAACACUGUGUAUGUUUAAGUCUAUACCCUAUAAUAACUUUAGAUUGUAUUUUUUUUAUUUUUAUUAAUGAAUAGAAGUCAUAUUAAGGUCGUGUGAUGCACUCUAAAAAUCUAAGUAUCUUAGAUUUUUUUCACAUGAACUAUGAAUAAUCUGUUUAGGUUUUGUUGUAUAUGCUCUGCUAAUGCAAUGGACAUAGAGAAAAAAAAACUACUGAGAAGCUAUAGAGAAAUAACAGGGAUUUCGAGAUUAUAGCAUACUCUAUUAGCACUCUAAGAUGCCUUGCCUAAGAAUUCACCCAACUUUUUCUUUAUUUUGCAGUGUUACAAUGUAAAUCUGGAAUUGACUUUAUGGGGACAUUUAUUAUUUCAUUUAAACAAUAGACUUAACAUUCAAAAAUGCAUAAAUAAUCAUUCAUUCUGACAAAAGAAAAAUGCAUAUAUUCUUUAGUUACAUGAGUAUUCACCCCCCGGGUCAGUACUUGCUUGAACCACCUUGGAUGGCAAUCAUACAUUUUAGCCACAGUUCUGUAUCAGAUCAAGGUCUGGGCUUUGACUUGAUCAUUUUAACACAUUUUGGUUCUUGCUGUUGAGCUACAGUACUCCACUGCAGUAUGUUUGAGGGUGUUGGAUAUUUGGAAUGCAAACCUCUGCAAACCUUUAGCCCUGAACAGUCUUCUAGUCCUUGUACAUGAAACAAGCUACCACCACCAAGCUUCACAGUGGUAGUGGUAAUCUCCAAACGAUAAGAUGUGUUAAAAAUUUUAAUUAUACAUUGUCCCUCUUUAUUCCAUUUCAUUUUCAGGUUGUAACACUAUGAAAUGUUGAAAACCCCACAUGUAGCGCAAGGCGCGGUAUUUUACAAGUAGUAUUAAAAGAAGACAUAUAUUUAGA